GCGUUAGCAACCUUGGGCCAGCCAAUUGUCAAAAGGCUGAGACUGGGGUGUACUUAGCUCAAAUGUACUGGGCCCACCCGCCCGUUCCAACUGGGUCCAAACACCUAUGUGUGUGCCAAGGAGCGUCACGAUGCUGGCCGAGUGGCAGAAAGUUGCCAUAAACGAAGACGGAUUUCCAUGAAAUUAAACGCUCCAUAGUUCUUCGAAUACAAAUGACGACACCGCUUUGAAACGUAAAUAUUUUGAUACUCUCAAGUAUUUGUCGGUCAAAGUGAUCACCCGUUCGUGUUUGUGACAUUUCCAAAUAUAACCUUCCGUCUCCGUCUCGUCGUUGAGGACAAAUUGUAGGCGCCAAGUGUUGGAAACAGAAUCCUACAAUAGGGGCCACUAACAAUCAAGUUCGAACCAGAUUGGAGUCCAACAAAGACAAAAAGAAGAAAUAUUCCUACUGAAUUGAAGCCAUGGCCGACAUUCAAACCCUGGCAUUUUCUCUAGAUACACCCGAGUCCGCUUUCCAACCAGUCUGUGGAGGACGGCGCUUCAAGCGAGCCUUCAGCAAGGCUGAUUUUCCGUUGCUCGGGGACGAAGAUUCCAAGGGAACCCCUAAAGAGCACAUUUGCCUCACCGGACGCAGUCGUCAAUUGAUCCCCAAGAAUCUUUCUGUUUCGGUCCAAACCGUGCGAUCUUGGUACAUGGAUCCGAAAACCGGUCGAUGGCAUUGGCCGGUGAACGGAGCGGAUGAAGUCUAUCCAGGCUUGUUCUUGGGUGAUGAAUCCACAGCCAUGUGUAUUCAUAUCCUCAAAGACUUGGGCAUUGGCGCUGUUCUCAACACUGCUCAAGGCAACAUGACCGAUUGGAGCUAUGUGAACACCAAGGCCUCUUACUACCAAAACACAGGAAUACAAUUUCUCGGCAUUCCCGCCAUUGAUCUCAAGCACUACCCUAUCAAUACUCAUUUCAAAGAAACUUGCGAUUUCAUCGAGUCAGUUCUCAAGAAAAAAGGACGGGUUCUCGUGCAUUGUGUCCAAGGAAUAAGUCGAUCUGCAACAGUUGUGUUGGCAUUUUUAAUAAUGAGGAAAAAGUUGAGCUUAAAAGAAGCAAUUGAUGUCGUUCGUUCAAAGCGAUUCAUUGGCCCUAAUGAGGGAUUCACCGAACAGCUCAUUGAGUUGAAUGAUCAAGUUCAUGGAGGUGCUAAAGGAUCGCCGAAAGCGUGACAAAAAGGCCAAUUGUAAAGAUGUGUAUUUGCUAUUGUCCAGUGUCCAUCUUAAAGAGCAUACAAAAUUUAAACAGU